CAACAACACCAAAGAGCGGUGGCGGUCUCGUGAUCAUGCAAUGGCGAAGCACGCUUUCCCUUCUGCGCCAACCACUCAUAGGGGAUGCCUAGCGUGGCGCCGCUGCUUCUCCUCAGAGCAGAGACUCGUUCCAACUUUUUCCUCGGAGCUCGACAUUUCGUCCGGAGCUCAACCUGCUCCGCAGUCAACUUGCAAAGUGCACGGAGUACUGGUGCAGCGACGGAGAGAUCCAGCAGCAGCACGUUGGUUGGGCAAACGAACGUUGAAGGCGACCCUGCAACUAAAGCAACAGGACGGUCCUACUGCGACACUUGCAGGUGUGUCAGAUGAACUCUCCAGCACCGACGAGGGUGCCCAAAACUCAAUAGUGACCUCAUUGAGCCUCCGGCAACAACGACAAGCAGUCGCUGAACGAAAGGCUGAGGAGAUGAUGGAGAAUCAGGACCUCUUGGAAUUGCACCCUGAUCGUCUAGCAGUCCAGCAGGAUUUGUUGACUGCCUCCAGUGUUGGGCGAGUGCUGGCACUGUGUUCCGCAGAGGAGGUUGCUCAAAUGGAUGCGAUCAACCUGGUGACGGCCUGUCAUCGAAUUGCCAAGCUGCACCACGGAAGUUCUGCUUUCCUGAAGGAAAAUCCGCAUUUUGAGUGGUUGAUUGACCGCACGGGCCAGAAGCUGCAGGACCUCAAACCGCGUGGCAUGGUUCACAUAUUUUGGGCUCUGGUGAAGCUGGAGCAUUGGCCAAGUUGGUUGCCGGAGCUAAUGACUUUAUUCACGAUCAAUAUCGACACUUUCACUGGAAGAGAUUUGAGUGUCAUCCUUGGUGCUUUGGCAAAGUUCCCAAAGGCCGAAGGGAGCGAACUCAAGGAGGCAGCCCUGGCAGAGUUGCGCUUCAGGCUGCCACAGCUUCAGGGACCCACUGACAUUGCCUGCGUGGCAUCAUCUUUGUGCCGUUUGCACGUCAGAGAUGAGCAGCUUUUUGCAGCAUUGGCCAUCAGUGCCCAGAGGAGCAUUGCUGACUUCAGUAUGUCAGACAUCGUUUCUGUACUUUGGGCCUUUGCCAGCCUGAAUCUCACACACAGCGAGUUGUUCGCAGAAAUCCGCCAAGUCCUGCAUCGUGAAGCUGAGAACUGCUCGCCCAAAGAGCUGACACAGAUCACCUGGGCGCUCUCACGACUGAAGGAGGCUGACGAAGACCUGCUGCGCCACGUGAUGGCGCCUGUCAUACGGGCGAAGCUCUUAGAAUUUGAAGUCCCCAGAGAUUUGUGUACUUUAGCCUUCGCCUACAGCAACGCCAGAGUGAUGGAGGAGGGUCUUUUCUCAGAUUUGGCGCACAUUUUGUCCUCCAAAGUGAGGCUCAUGAAUGCCCAUGACAUAUCGAGCGUUGUAGCGGCCUUUGCCACCAUUGAAUACGCUCACAAGAGUUUCUUCAAAGCAUUGAAGAGGCAUACGAAGGCAACCUUGCAAACCUUUACGCCGCUGCAGCUAGCGCGCACCAUCCAUGGCUUUGGGAUUGCAGGUGUUGAUGACCCUUCAUUGUACCGAAAGCUGUGCGAUGAAGUGAUGAAGAAGAGGGAACAAUUGCACGCCAAAAACUUGGUGGAGAUCCUGAUCGGAUUGGCCGAGGCCGAAGUACUUCCUGAGAGUGCUUUGACACUGCUCAACGUGGACACCGCAAAAUGGCUGGAUGCCAAAUCUUGCAUCCAGGCGUUGCAUGCGUUGUCACGACUUCCACAGCUGGGCUCUGAGGCAUUCCAGAAAGAGGUGUUGAAGGUGAUCCGUAAAAAGGCACAAGGCUGGUGGCGGUUUGAGGUAGAAGAUCUGGCAGAUCUCAUCGAGGUCAUGGUGGUGCUGAACCUUCAGGAGAUGUUUCUGUUGAAGCUCUCCUUGGGUCAGAUGCCGCGGCUUCUCCGAAAUUCCACCACCACUGGCUUCCUUCGCCUCUGGGGUGGCCUCUCAGAAUUGCCUGCGAUAGCAAAGGAGCAAGUCCAGGAGGAGAUCCAUCGCAACCAGCACUUGAGGAAUGCCAUUGCUUCCUGCAUCCAGCAAGGGAUUGAAGCCAUAGCAUCAAUGAUCGAGGAUAACGACUCCAACACCCAGCCAGCCAUGAAGGCAGCUGCAGAGCUAAUGUUGGCAUGCGCCUCUUUGGGUUGGGACACCAACGCGCAGAGCCUUGCAGACUUGAUCAUGACACUGCUGGAAGAUGAGAACGUCAAGAGCGGCCCUCAUGAGGCAUGGUGGGUUUCACUGGCAUGGGCUUCUGGUGAAUUGGGAUUCGAGGAGCUGUCCAAGACAUGCUUGAAGAUAUGUUUGGACUCCAAGGAUCUAUCGGAGGAGGACCGACGACGCCUAUCGACAGUCGCGCUAUUUGUGAAUGAAGCAGGGACAGACUGCUUUGGUCCAGACCCUGACGGACUGCGCGAAGCACUUUGUGAAGCUCCUGGCAACUUCCCACAGGAGGACACCAGCAGCACCAGCUCCAGAUCAUUCAAAGGAUCAUACUGGCAUCCGGAGAUGCAUUCAAGCUCAAAGGGCUCAAGCAGUGAGAAGGUGGAUCAUAUCUCUCGCGCCUUGGUGGAGAUGAACCUUCCCCAUGAGAAGACCGUCAAGAUUGCAGGUUUGCAUGAAGUGGAUAUUCGACUGGAGCGUGCACUCCUGCUCAUCCUUGGGCCAAAAGAUUUGGCGACAUCCGGGAAGGCUUUAGGUUCAACGGUGGCAAGAAAGAGAGCGCUCGAAGCGAUGGGUUUCAUGGUGAAGGAGAUCUAUGUUCAGGAGGUUGAAUUGGCCAUCACAUCUGGCAGUCUGCAGGAGCUCUUGUGGACAUGUUUGGCAGAAGUGGGCGAUGGAUUAAGCGACGGUCAAAAAGGAUUGACUUUCAAGUGAAUGGAACAUCUUGACAAUAUUGCAUGAUGUACAUGUCAUGCAGGCAUAGACUGCGCAUGACAUGUGUCCGUACUGCCACUUUCUGUGUGUUCCGAUUCCGAGACUCAUGUUUCUUCUUUCAAGCGUGAUGCAAGUCUCAACUUUGUAAAGGUGGCUGCUUGACGAAUGAAAUAAAGGGCUGCUUUGGAAGGUUGCACGCACUUGAACGCAGCUGGGCAUGCUGGCAGGUUUCAAAAAGAGCAUUCGACUUUUCCAGAUGUGCUUCCAGCAAAAAAGGG